AUGGAAGAGGAAACAGUGCUGCAUACUAAGUUUGUAAAGCUAAGUUUAGCUGAGGAAUCAUUCAAAAAACAGAAAUCUAGGGUUCAAUGGCUUUCCUUAGGGGACCAGAACUCUAGGUUUUUUCACCAAAAACUAAAGUCUCAUUGUUCAAGAAGCAAAAUUUUAAGUUUGAUUGAUGGUUCGAGUACAAGAUUGAUAGAUCCUGAAGCUAUCAAGGGUGAGAUUCUUGGUUAUUACAUGGGUUUACUGGGAACACCUUUUGCUCAGAAGGAGAUUGUCAAGAAUUAUCCUAGAGAAGGUGGCAACCCUAGAUGUGCUAUUAAGAUGGACUUAAUGAAGGCCUAUGACUUAGUAGAUUGGGAUGUUCUGCUGAAUAUCAUGAGGACUAUGGAGUUUCCUAGCCAGUUCAUUAGUUGGCUACAAGUUUGCAUUACCUCUCCCAUGUUUUCAGUUGUGAUAAAUGGAGAAUUGGAGGGGUUUUUUCCUAGAAAGAGAGGAUUACGGCAAGGAGUCGAUGAGAUAACCAAAGCUUAUCUUAGUACGAUAUUAGCUAUCCCUAUGGGAACUUUACUUGUGAAGUAUUUGGGGGUCCCUCCUAUUUCUACUAGUCUCAAAGCUGAUUGUGCUCAAUUGAAAGAGAAGUUCCUUAGCAGAAUCCAAUCUUGGAGAAUAAAACCUUUGUUGGGUGACAUUGAGAGAAUAUUGAGAUCCUUUUUUUGGUCUGGUCCUGAACUCAAAACGUCUGGUACUAAGGUGGCAUGGCAGUUUGUGUGUGCCCCCAAAGAGGAGGGAGGUUUAGGAUUCAGACUUCUUAAGGAUUGGAAUAGCGCUUCGAUGUUAAGACACUUAUGGGCCCUGUGUGUAAAGUCUGAUACGUUAUGGUUAAAAUGGAUUCACACCUACAUUAUUAAAGAUCAAAGCUUAUGGAGAGUUAAAAUUCCUAAUGAGGCUUCUUGGACCAUUAGGAAGAUUUUUAAUCUUAGAGAUCUAGCUCAACCUUGGAUUAAAUAUGUGAUUGGUGAUGGAUCCUCUACUUUUCUUUGGAUUGAUAACUGGCAUGCGUUGGGCCCUUUAUACCAGAAAUUUGGUGAUGUUAUAGCAGUCGACAGAGGGAGAUCUUUGCUUACCAAAGUGUCUAUACCAUUAUACAUCAAGUGCCACAAACUACCAUCCCAAAAUGGAGUAACAACUAUGCUGGAUUGGGGCCUGUCAAUGCCUGUCUACAUGCCCCAAUCGCAGCCGGCCUAA